AUGGACGUAUGGAUAGACGGAUGGUGGACAAGCGGACAUUUGGAUGGACGGAUUGGUGGACAAACGGACGUGUGGAUGGACGGAUGGACGGAUGAAGAUAUCACAAAACAAAAGAAAAGAAGUUCCUUUGUUUUGUUCGGCACAAAAUUUACAGCCAAGAGUAUGAUGAGUUGUGGUGGUGAUAGUGCGAUGAUAGCAUUAGUAGUGAUAGUGAUCGGCGCGGUGAUAGUGGUGAUGUUGGUGUUGAUUGGCUGUGGUAGUGAUGGUGUUAGUGAUGGUGAUAGUGGUUAUUGGUGA